UUCUUUUCUAAAGUGAACUGCAAUGACAACACACUAAUAAUUCCUAAACAAAACUUUUUAUCAUCAUAAAAUCAUAUUUUACAUAUAUAACGGUGACAUGAGUAUUUUAUUUUUGCUAGUUGCUUUUUCCUCAGUACUGCUAAACACGUGCGUUAAACUUGAGACUUCCCGAUUGCGACUAUCUGGAAGUAACAAUAGUUACGAAGGAAACGUAGAGGUAUUUUUAGACGGAAAAUGGAAAUAUGUAUGCGACGACAGCUGGGAUCUAAGAGAUGCAAAAGUAGUAUGCCGACAGCUUGGUUUUACGAAAGCAAUUUCUGCUACAGUAAAGUCAGCAUUUUUAGUAGGAAUAAAUGUUUCUUAUUGGCUAGAUGAUGUUCUGUGUUGGGGAAGUGAAUCAGAUUUGUUACAUUGCUGGCAUAGGGGAAUAGGUUCACAUAACUGUAAUGAUUUAAAAGAGAUUGCUGGUGUUAUUUGUUCUACUGUUAUUGAAAAUGACAAAGUUAAACCUUCAGAAAAUAAGAGUGAGAAAUUUAAUAUUCGUUUAAAUGGCAAUGUUGUAGAAGGUUUCAUAUCAUCAGGAUACCUUGAAGUUGAGUAUGAUGGAAAAUGGGGUUUAUUUUAUACUCAGUCGUGGACAUAUGAAAAUGGUCAUGUUUCUUGUGGAAAUCUUGGUUAUUCAGCUGUUGAACAUGAUAAUGUUCAGCAUGAUAAUGUUCUGCGUGGGUUUUAUAUGAAUAGCAGUGAUCAUUUUAAUAUUUGGCAAGCAAAUAUAACUUGUGUUGGUACAGAAUCUACUCUUUAUGAGUGUAAACAUGGUUUUUGGAAAAAUUAUUCUGAUUCUGAAUUUUAUCCUGUUUACUUGACGUGCAAACGAUCAAAAGUUGUUAAAAACCAGCGUUUUGAUGUUGAAUUUAUUGAGGGUCAAACUGUUCGCUUAAGAGCUGGAGUUGUUGGUUCUGAAGGUCGAGUGGAAGUUAAACAUAAGAAUCAAUGGGGAUCAAUUUGUGAUGAUGGGUGGAAUAUUGUGAAUGCCAAUGUUGUUUGUCGACAAUUAGGUUUUGGAACAGCAUUGGAAGCUACUCAUUAUGGAAGCUUUGGUCAGGGAACAGGAAAAAUAUGGUUAGAUCAAGUGAAGUGCAAUGGAACAGAGAGUGACAUAAAAAGUUGUGUACAUUUAGGUUGGGGAGUAGGAGAUUGUGGACAUCAAGAAGAUGCUGGCGUAAAGUGUCACUUUCCUUUAAAUCAAAAGAAUUUGAAGGUUCGUGUUAUUGGAGGGCCACACAAAAGAAUUGGGCGUGUAGAGAUCUUUACAGAUGGCGAGUGGGGUGGUAUUUGUGGAAUGAAAUGGAGUAUACGAGAAGCUGAGGUUACCUGUAGACAAGCAGGUUUAGGUUACGCCAAAAGAGGUUUCACUUCUUCUGAAUAUGGUUUGCAACGCAGAUUGGUAAUGUUCAAUGUGAUGUGUUCAGGAGAUGAAAUGGCUUUAAACCAAUGUUUUUAUAAAGGAUAUGGUAAAGGAAGAUGUCGAUUCUAUGACAUGGCAUCUGUUGAAUGUUCUGAGACUGCUCCUGAUUUGGUGAUGGAUUUUAAAGAGCUAGAAGACAGUAUUCAUGUUGAAUCUAAGUUUUUAUUAGAACUAUCUUGUGCUUAUGAAGAAAACUGUCUCUCAUCUAGUGCAGCUCGUUUUACAUAUUAUCCAGAACUUUACUCUCGUACUCUGCUCAGGUUUACCUCUUUGUUUUGGAAUCGUGGAACAGCAAAUUUUUUACCCAGUACAGCUAAAAGAGAUUGGAUUUGGCAUGAAUGUCAUGCUCAUUAUCAUUCUCUUGAAAGAUUCUCAGACUAUGAUUUGACAGAUUUAAAAACGGGACUGAAAGUUGCAGAAGGUCACAAAGCAAGUUUUUGUUUGGAAGACAGUAAAUGUGAAGGUGGUGUGAAAAAAGUUUUCAAUUGCACCAAUCGCGGUGAUCAAGGAAUCAGCGUUAAUUGUGGUGAUGUUUAUAAAUCAAACAUUGAUUGCCAAUGGAUUGAUAUUACUGACAUUAAAUACGGAAAAUACAAACUAAGAGUAAUUCUCAAUCCUUUAAGAAACGUUGUAGAGUCAGAUUAUUCCAACAAUAUAGUUACAUGUGAGAUUGAUUUUUUAAGCCAGAGCAAAGUUAACGUCACCUCUAAAUGUGUUAUAGAUGGUUGUGAAAGAAUGUCACACGGUGGAACGGGUGAUGGAGCGUGUUGUAAGUUUCCGUUUGUCUAUAAAAACAGACAGUACAAUCACUGCACUACUGAUGGUUUUAAGGAAAACGUUUUAUGGUGUGCAACAACCAGUAAUUACGAUAAAGAUAAGCUUUGGGGAUUAUGCUAAUAUUUGCGUCAUCUUUCACGUUUUUAGCAACUGCUAUUACCAAGCUAAUCAACUACUCUAAGCUUAGGAACUAUUUUAAUUGGCCAAAAAGAUUUUUUCCAACGGAAGUAACCCAUAGAAAAGAUGUUUUUGUUGAAUAAAUGUGUUGCUCGCAUAUUCGACAUGAAAACAGAUUCUUAAAUUUUCAAUGUCUGUUACUAUGAAUAGUUUAUUACUGAAUCCGACAAAGCUAUGGUACAUUAAUCCAAUUGUUAAACAAAAACAACAUUAAUAUGCAACGUUUAGCAACUUUUUUUGUGAGUUUUACAACUUGAUAAAAAUGUGUGAAUAUCAAGAAUGAAUGAAUGAAUGACAAGUAUGAAUGAAGUAUGAAUGAAGUAUGAAUGAAUAAAUCGCGAGUAUUAAAUUUAAUGAUUUUAGGGGAAAACAAUAAAGCCGUGAUGUUUUCUGUAAAUUAAACAUCAAUAUUUGUCUAUUAAAAUUUAAUUCUUAUGUAAUUUUUUCCAAAUUUGAGUCUUUGUACCGUGAAUUGUUACCGAACUUUUUAUUUUGAGUUCUUAUUUGACAUUCUAAAUUUUGUUUGAUCGCUAGUUGUUGCAACUAGCGAUAAAGUUUUGUUUUGAUUGCGUUUUAUUUUUAUUUUACUUGUUUGCGUUCUUUAAAAUUUUGAUAUAGUGGUAUUAUAUAUUAACUUGAAUGAUUUAAAUAGAUGUAACGUAGCUUAAAGCCAAAUCACAUCCAAGUUGUUUUGAAAGUAAAUUGUACAAAUAUGUAUAAAAACAUGCUUAAAAAGAUUCGGCUUUUUAUAUCUUUUAUUAGAAGAUAUAAAAUGCCAAAAAGUUUAAGAAAA